CGGGCCCUGGUGGACGUUUUGGCGAAAUGCAAGGCCAAUCUCAACGAUUUAGCUUACAUGUCCACUUCGAGAUUUACCAAUUGACCAAACACGGGUCUUUAAAUGUAACAUAGCAUGCUGGUAUGCUGGCACUGAAUUAAAGCACACGCCUCACAGAGAAACGCUGGUCCACACGGCUUGCUUCAUUUCAUUUCUAGGCAAUCAUGUCGGGAGUCAAGAGAAAGAUAGAGGAUAAUGAUCCAGACUAUGAGGACAUCUCACUGGUCCAGGAGAGCAAGAGAAACAAAGUGGUAGAGCAUAAUGCCCGAGAAGCAACAGUGCAGAAGAUUGAAGCAAUCAUCAGAGAGCAGUUCUCAUUGGAGAUGAAGAACAAAGAGCAUGAGAUAGAUGUGAUCAGUCAGCGUCUCAAUGAAGCCAGAAGGAUGAUGGACAAGCUAAGAGCCUGCAUAGUGGCCAAUUACUAUGCCAACGCUGGGCUGACAAAGAUGCCAGAGCAGGCCUCCAAGAGUGACUCUGCAGUGCUGAACCACCCAGCCAUCCGGCGGUUCCUGGAGUCUCCCUCCCGUUCCUCUUCCCCUCUCAACCAGGGCUCUGAGACCCCAUCUCUGGCCCCCUCGGAGUCCGAGUCUCUCUCGCAGCAAGGAGAGGGACCUGAGAGGAACGGGGAGGGAGCAUGGAGAGAGGAAGGCAGCAGGCAGGAGCGCAGGCCUGGGCGCAACACGGGCAAGGACACAUUUGGUGUUCCAUCGGCGGUAGGAGCAGAACAGAGGGUGACCUACCACACCAGUGGAGAUGAUGCCUCCAGACUCUACGCAAAGAAGACAAUUGUAGUGGGGAACGUGUCCAAGUACAUCCCCCCAGAUAAAAGGGAAGAGAAUGACCAGUCCACCCAUAAGUGGAUGCUGUACGUCAGAGGAUCCAGGAGGGAGCCCAGCAUCGACCACUUUGUAAAGAAAGUCUGGUUCUUCUUGCAUCCCAGCUAUAAGCCCAAUGACCUGGUGGAAGUCAGUGAGCCUCCUUUCCACUUGACGCGGCGAGGCUGGGGUGAGUUUCCCGUGAGGAUCCAGAUCCACUUCAAAGACCCCCGCAACAAACGCAUUGACAUCAUCCACCAGCUAAAGCUGGACAGAACAUACACGGGGCUGCAGACUCUGGGUGCAGAAACUGUAGUUGAUGUGGAGCUCCAUAGGAACUCUCUAGGGGAUGAAUUCGUUUCUCAGCCCUCCUUGUCCAAGCUGACUCACAGAGCGGGCAGCCCAGCAUCCAACGCCUCUCAGACCCAGACCACCAGGCGCUGCAGCUCUCCCACCCCACACGAUUCCAGUGUAGAAAAAGCCCUUAUCAAAGCAGAGUCGGGGAGGUCUGCAGGAGGACAUGCCACCAGCCUCGCAGCUGGUGAACGCACCCCGACCAGACCCAGAGCCAGCGACAAAAUCACUCUGGGUUCCCAUGGCAACUCUGCCUUCCAGCCAAUCACUGCAAGCUGUAAGAUUGUCCCUCAGGGGCAGCCACCCAGCCCUGCAGAGUCUCCUGGGAAAUCAUUCCAACCAAUCACCAUGAGCUGUAAAAUUGUUUCAGGCUCUCCCAUCUCCACCCCCAGCCACUCCCCCCUACCCCGCACCCCCACCACCUCUACCCCUGUCCACGGCAAGCAGGGCUCCUCCUCGGUGCUCAACAACCCUUACAUCAUCGUGGACAAGCCGGGCCAGGUGAUUGGCAUGGCUUCCACGUCUGCCGCCUCCACAGGAAGCCCCUCAGCCAAGCACUCUGCUGCCCAGGGCACUCGCUCUCCAGCCCCGAAAGUUCACACAGGCAGCUUCCUCUCUUCAGGGGUGAAGGUUAUAAUCAAGCAAGAGCCAGGGGAAGUUUCUACUCAGCAGCAGCAGAUGGUUUCCACGGUAACCACCCAGCAGCAACCCACCGCCACAGCAGCACACCAGUUUGUCGCAGUGAAGGGAGGCCAUGUGAUCUCUAUGUCGCCCCAGAAACAAACAGGAGGGGCCACAGGGGCUACAACUAGCAAGAUGUUAGGCAUCCCUGUCGGCUCAACGCUCCAGUCUGCGGUCAAACAGGUGGCGAUCAGCAGUGGGCAGAUUCUGGUCGCCAAGGGCAACACCUCUGGCUCUAAGGUGAUGGGCGGGAAGCAAGUGGUGGCUCAGGGCGUUGCUAAGGCCAUCGUCAGUGGAGCAGGUGGCAUUGCUGGUCAGCAGGCUGCAUCCAAGGGUGCUGGUGGCUCAGGAGGUGGAAAGAGUGGAGUAAUGGCUACUCUUCAGCUGCCAGCCAACAACCUGGCCAACUUGGCCAACCUGCCCCCAGGCACUAAGCUCUACCUGACCACCAACAGUAAGAACCCGUCAGGGAAGGGCAAGCUGCUCCUCAUCCCACAGGGUGCUAUUCUCCGAGCCUCCAACUCAGCAGGUCAGCAGUCCCAGAGCAGCUCGUCUGCAGGUGCAGGGGGCUCCCAGACCACCUCCUCCUCUUCCUCCUCCAGCAGCCUGCCUUCUAACCUCUCCUACACAUCCUAUAUUCUUAAACAGACCCCACAGGGUACGUUUUUAGUUGGCCAGCCAGCACAGGGCUCAGGGAAGCAGGGGAGUUCCAGUUCAGCAGGUCACGCAGCAUCAUCUCCUGCAACGGUUACCCAGCAGGCCAUUCGGGUGACAGCUGGACAGAAGGCGGCCAUCCUUGCUCAGGUGGUGGGCGGUUCCCAAGGAACGCAGGUGAAGCUGUCUGACGGCUCUGUGAAGACAGUAACCGCGGCGACGGCAGGCCACUUGUCCAAGCCGGGGACGACCACACUGAGGAUGACGGGCGGAGUCAUCACUGCUGCAAGCUCCACCCCCGGCUCUGCCAGCGCUGCCAUGGCAACCAACCAGCAACAGGCUGCUGAUGGUGUGAAGACUUCCUCCCAGCACCACCCAGUCCUUGUGGCGGCCAACCAGGCAGCAGUCAUCAGUGCUGCUAAGAGUGCCAGCGCUGCCGCUGGAAACAGCCUGGCGAAGGGUGCUGUGGCCACCUUGGUCAAGGGUGCCGGCAACUCUGCCACAAAGAGUGCUGCAGGGUCAACUGGUACCGUGGUAACUGUUGCCAAGAACAUCACCAAUAUGCCGGUCAUCAGCAUGUCCAAGGGCGCUGGGACUGUAGUGGGCGUGCCCAAGAGCGCAAGCACGUCAUUGGUCACAGCAGCCUCACUAGUCAGCGGGAUGGCAGCAGGAGGAGGGAAGACAGGCGCUACUCUCUCAGGCAUGCUCAAAAUCCACUCUGGAAGUUCCAGCUCCCAGCAAACAGUCUUGACCAUCCCUGCCAACCAGCUCAAACAGCUAGGGGUGGGCCCCAGGUCUGUUGGGGUACAGACUAUACUCAUGCCUGUUGGGAAAGUACUGUCUAAAGGCCCAGUCUCCAGUACUCCUUCCUCCUCCUCUUUCUCCUCCUACUCCUCAUCUCUCACUACCACCCCAGGAGCAGCUGGAGCUGGACCCUCCCCCAGUCCUGCCAGCCAGGCCUCCCCCUCCCUUGCCCUGCCUCUGGCACAAGUAAAGACAGAGCCCGGUGCUGGCACACCUGUCACUGCGGUCCCGUCGCCUCCGGUGACUGCUCCGAUCUCCACUUCCAUCCACCCUCCACGCGCUGGUGCCACGACAACGACCACCGUCAAACUGGAGCAGGGGGCUGAAAACUCCACGCAUGACCUCAUCAACACUGAGCACAUAGAGACGAUGAUGCAGCUGCUCACUGCUGUGGUGAAAAAGUUCCCUCUGAUUGUGCCAGAAAAGACUGAAGAUUCCCAUCCAUUCUGUGCCUCCUCUACAGAGCAGUAUUAUUCUUGGAAUAUUGGCAAGCGCAGAGCAUCAGAGCUCCAGCGAGCGGUGGCAGUGAAGCGUGUUGUCCAGGACGUUUUGGACCACUCGCCCCGUCUGCAGGCCCUCACUCCCCCAAAGACCAGAGAGGUGGUGCAGUGGUGCCGGCAGAGGGGCUACACACCGCCUGACCCCGAGCCCCAACGCAGGAAUGACGAGGAGUCCAUUGAGGACAUCCUCACUCAGAUAGACAGCGAGCCUGAGUGCCCGUCAACCCUGGGCAGCUGUGAGGAGCUGGUGUUGCGGCUGGAGCAGAUGCAAACUCUGCUGAAGACGGAACCAGAGGAAGCAGACGAUGAAAUAGUGGACAUUAUCUCUGUGACUCCCCCCUGCCAGAAGCUCAAGGUCAAAGAAGAGGAACAAGAGGCCGACUCAGAGCCCAAGUUCUUCCUGGGUCCCUGCCCGUCUGCACAAUUUGUCAAUGAAGCGGCUCAGCAGAUCGGGGUAGCCUUCCAGCCAGUGGAGGUGGAGAAGAAUGUGUUUGCUCCCGUGGUUGAAGCCAUGAUUCUCAAGGCUACAGAACAAUUUGCCAGUGACAUCCUGAGAGAAGCUCUGGCUGGGGCAUAUGCCAAAUCCCCUCAGAACAGGGCUCCCAGAGAGAUCACAGCCAUGAACGUGCACCAGGCAGUCAGCAGCAUCCCCACCUGCGACUUUCUCACCAACAUACACAUGGGUUACCUGGCUAAGGACAACUGAUGCACACCAAGACACGCACACACAGAGUGGCAAUGACUGUCCAAACCUCAACAGAGGAGGAGCAGGAUUCUGCACUUGGAGCGAACGACCGAACCCCGUGAAUCCUCGCAGCCGGAGUUCAUCCUGUUGCUGAAAUGGUCGUGUCACACCUGACAGUUACUGAAGUACUGUUUUCACUGACUUGAUCAUAAAAAGGGCUGGGCUUGCUUCUCGUAGCAGCCGCACGACAGUGGACUGACAAAUGUUUGAAAUACUCUGAGAAUAUUGUGACAUUUUAGUCUUAAUAUAUCUUGAAAAGUGGCAUUGUGGGACUUCUGCGAUUUGAUUUUGAGAGGCAGUUGCACUCUUGCUUACCUCGUAACAAGAUUAUUUUGGUGAUUAAGUGUUUGCUUCCAGACAGAGUCAGUGGGGAAACGCAGGCUGGGGCGACUUCCAGGGCUGAAACGAUAGCAGCAGACAACUGUCCCUUCCACCAGUCUUAAUCCUGCAGCCUCCUCGCCUGGACUGGGAACAAUAUUACACUCAGUCACUCUGCUCGCCGGAGGAACUGACUCACAGAUUUGAGUUAUGGAAAAGGAAACAGUCUGGGACAUCUCAAUCUUAGAGGCCUCUAUUAAUUGAGCUACCUUGUCCGGGGUAUUUCAUGAACAGUAUUUCCCAGCUAGCCAUAUGAAGAAGAAUUUUGAAGAAUUAAUGUUUUAAAUUCUUUUAUGAAACCGACAUAUCUGUUCAGAGGCGUCAUUGCCAUCAACAAUCAGUGAUCUGUAGUCAUAACCAAACCUUGCAAGUAGCCACUGUAAUCCAAGGUUUGCUCAGAAGGGUGGCUGCUUCUUAUUGCAAGUUGGAGCUCUGAUUUCUGUGUUAAGAUAAUGACAUAGACAAUGGCGGUCAUAUCUUCAUCAUAUCUACUGAGAAAACUCUUGGCUAAUGUUAUCAAGCCUCUGUAAGAAUCACGAGUUCACGAAAGCUGUUUUUAUGGACCACAUUUGAUAGCCAGCUCAAGUACUGUUUAGUGUUUUGUUUAACCACCGUAAUGUAUCCACCAUGCAGUGUACAGUGUACAUGACCAACAUGAAAUAGAUGGUGUCUCAAUUCCUGUUUUAUUUUUAUAUAUAUCAUCAACACCUGCAAACAGUAAUGCCCUAACAGUAGCAUGUGCUUAUGAAUUUGUGGUGGGUACUGGAUGUGCUCAUUAGGGUAGUUAAUUGGUUUGGAUGUGAAUGCUAAUAUGUGUUUUGUCAGCUGAUACAAAUAACUGAAGACCGAAGGGGGUGUUUUGUCGGAAAUUCAGUCUGUUAAGCUUUGCAUUAUGUUAAUGUGUGAAUGAGGUGAGUGUAAGUGUUUUGCCUGGGUGGCUGUGACGCCUGUUUGACCAAAUUAGUGUAGAGAAUACCUAAAUAUUGUAUUUUCAUUUUUCAGUGCACACCAAAAAAUAUAUAUAAUCAAUAUUCUUGUAAUAAAAAAGCAAAAGCCUGCUUACA